AUGGUGCAGUCGCUUCGAGAGAAGCACCCGACUAGCACUGGCGAGGUACCACAGUGGGUCCGCAAUUUCACCGUCGAUACUGCUCAGCGGCCUUCACUCACGACCAACAUCCUGGCCAGAGCUAUCCAUACAGCCGCUCGAGCUUCAGCAGCAGGGCCAUCGGGGUGGGUCACAGAGCAUCUGCGCGACACCUUCCUCACUGAACCUUCCUGCCUCUCCCACCUGUUGGAAGUGUUCAACCAAUGGGUGGCGGGACAGGUCCCCGAGCGGGCUCGGCCGUGGCUCGCCGCAUCCAACCUAGUCGGGCUUUCCAAGCCUAACGGCGACGUCCGGCCGGUGGCGAUCCGGGAGGUGCUUCCUCGUAUCCUUGCUCGAGCUCUUUGCAUCUCGCUCCGCCCUGCGAUGGCUUCCUACUUCCUGCCGUGCAACCAGCUGGGAGCGGGCACUAGGGUCGGUGCGGAGAUUCUCAUCCAUUCUUUCCGGUCAGUGCUGGCCACUCACCCCGACUGGUGUGCACUACAGAUAGACGUCGCAAACACCUUCAAUUCGUUUCACCGUCAUGCGAUGUUCGAUGUGCUGCGGGGGUCGCCUUUCUCGGGGAUGAUCCCAUUCUUGCGUGUUUUCUAUGGGACACCUAGCGACCUGUACCUCCGAGCAGGCCCUUUCGUACAGAGCCUCGAGUCAGCACGGGGAUCGAGGCAGGGGGACUCGCUCGGCCCUUUUCUUUUCGCGUUCACGCAGCAGCAGGUGAUGGAGCCGGCUACUAGGGAGUUCGGGGACCUGGUUUUCCUCAGCUAUGCAGACGAUACCUAUAUCUUGGGGCUAGCGGCUAGGAUUCUGGAGGCUUUUGGGGUGUUGCGGGAGCGGUUGGAGUGGGUGGGGUUGAAGGUGCAGGCGCACAAGUGCCGGUUUUGGGAGCGCGAGGGCACGGAUGUGGAGCAGGCACUGCCAUUGGGGAUGCAGCGGGUGGAGGAGGGUCUUACUGUGGUGGGCGUGCCUAUUGGGGAGGAGGAUUGGGAGGUGGUCCGGCUACGGGAGCGGCUUCGACAGUUGCAGGCGCCACUGCCAUGUCUCCCCUUGCUCGACCACCCCCAGAUGGCUUCACACCUUCUCGUCAUUGCAAUUUCAGCGCGGCCGAUGUACCUCGCUCGGACUAUACCGCCGCGUCCGGAGGCCGCGCAUGACAUUGCACAGUUAGGGGUGGCGGGCGAGGAGGCGAUGUUUGCAGAGUACCUCACCACUUCGACAGGGGCAAGGUUUCUUGACCCGUGGUUUGUCAAGGCUCUUGAGCAGCUGCCAGCGACUAUCCACCAGGAGAUACCGGGCUUACCUCUGUGUGUAGCGGCCCCUCCUGUUUGGCUUUUCCAGGCGCGGCAGCGGCAGUUAGCUGUAGAGGAGCUCCAGGCACUGCACCGCUUGGCUCGUGACGAUGCUACCUUGGCCCGUUUCACAUUCCUUCAGGGCCCGGGAGCGGGUGCAUGGGUUUCGGCGGCUCCGGCUCACUCAGAUCUCACAUUCACUGCGGCUGAGUGGGGCAUUGCUGCUGCUAUACGGCUCGGGCUCCCAAUUCAGCAGCUGCAGCAUGGUCCAUCUCGGGUGCAUGAUGAGGUGAAGUUUGCGGUGGCGAAGAUCUCUAAGGUGUCGGGGGGGGUGGUGACAAUGGAGGAUAGUGUGGUGCUGCAGGGGAAGCAGGUUGAUGUGGCGGUGCGACGGCCAAUGGCUGGAGAGGCUCACGCCCUAGAGAUCAGCGUCGCAGACCCGCUAUCGCUGUCUCCAUCUCUGCUAGGACAGUGCGGGCGAUUCAUAGGGUCACUGAAGGCGCUCAUCGGGGUGGCGUUACAACGUGCGCAAGCCCGUGUCAUCCUGCUUCGAGCGGCGUCUUCCAUGGGGGGGGGGAUUAACGUAGAUUUGGUGGACCGGGAGAGGGACGAUGUUGAUGUGGAAGGCGGGGCUCUCUGGGUGGAGGCCCCGUACAUGGUGGAUACGCUGUUGUGA